UUUCAGGAUCAAUGGCUUUCCGGAAGGCUCUGAAACACACGGCCAUCAUAGGGAGUGGUGCGGUUGCCACUAUUUUUGGCCUAUCUCAGCUGUCGGAAUACCGAAAGACACAGCAAGAGGACCUUGGGGUUUCUAUUUGAGUCAUAAGGGGAAUGCAGGUCCCUAGUCCCUAAUCAGAAGACAGCCAUGAGACUUCAGCGCCCUUCUAUGAGUAUGGCACGUGAAGCCUAAGCAUUAUACAUAGCCUACAGUUACUGUAUUAACUGGUAUGGUAAUCUGUUCUCAGGCUAGCAGCACACACCUUUUUAGGCAUGUCUUAUCUAGACCCAGGAAUGUGUUUUAUGCAACCCCACUCAGGUGGAUUAUUGUUGCCGUGGUUAUAAUGGUGAAUGCCAACAGCUUUGUGUGGCAAAAACGAAUCCCUCAGUAAUGGUGUUUGGUGUUAUGUUAUGUUUUGACAUGUUAUGAGUAUGCAUGUUAUGUUGUUUUACCAUUUGUACAUUCUGUUGUGUCAGAUACAUGGGUUACAUUAAGUCGUGUCUUCUUUUGUCAUGGCAAACAUUACAUACAAACAUCCAGAACUUGAAUCAUAACAUCAAUGACUUUUUAGCACAUUUUUAGGAGAUUAUAUCUAUAGCCACCAUAUUCCUUUAUGUACAUUUGAUCAAGUAAGCAUUAGCAAGAGCUUGUCCCAUGGGUAUUUAGUUAUUACACAGCUAAAUUAAUAAGGUCAAGUAGAUGGAGAUAAUCAACAAGAUCUUUGAGACAAACAAGGAAAAAAGCAAGCUGAGGAGCAGUGGGACUCCUGAUUUUAUUAGAUUUGAGAUCCAAUCUGCGAAAUAUCCUGUUGAUCGUUAUCUAGGGUCUGUACGUUAGUGUCUAAGGACAACUUUGGGAAACGGGCAAAGAUGCCCACGCUGUGUUUCCACGGAAACCAGUCACUUGACUCUAUUAAUUAGGCAAAAUGUGUUUCUUGAACAGCGGUGUGAAUAGAAAUGCUAUGAUUGGAAAAGAACGAAGCAAAGAUCAUAACCGUUCAGUCUUUGAUCUGGACCUCAAGGGUCCAUAAGGGCACCAACAGAAUCCUUAAGGUUUUAAAUAGCAAAGGAGUCACACUUCUGACGUUUGAGAGGGCAAAACAGGUGCCUAUUCUGAACAUAAACUAUCUUGGUCAGCAAAGCUAUUAUUAGUCCAUUCCAGUCCUCUGUGGAGCUUUUGACCCUUUGUUUGACCUAAUGUUAACUUUGUUUUGUGUCCUGAUGGAACGUUUGUCCCACAACGUCUCCUGAACCAAGCAUGAAUGGGCACGGCUGGCCUCGGUGGCAGCGGACGGGGAGCUUAAGGUCCAGUACCCAGAGGAGCUGCCCUCUCGCCAGGCCCUGCUGUCCACCCUGCAGGACACGGACGAGUUUGACGUCCUCGUGGUGGGCGGAGGGGCCACAGGCUCGGGGUGUGCCUUAGAGGCCGUCACACGCGACCUUAAGACGGCCAUGGUGGAAAGGAGCGAUUUCUCCUCAGGCACCAGCAGCAGAAGCACCAAGCUCAUCCACGGCGGCGUGCGCUACCUUCAGAAGGCCAUCAUGAAGCUGGACUACGAGCAGUAUAUGAUGGUGAAAGAAGCCCUCCACGAGAGAUCCAACCUGCUGCACAUCGCCCCUCAUCUUUCAGCCCCACUACCCAUCAUGCUGCCUGUCUACACAUGGUGGCAGCUGCCAUACUACUGGGCAGGGAUCAAGAUGUAUGACCUGGUGGCCGGGGCCCAGUGUCUGAAGAGCAGCUAUGUCCUCAGCAAGACCAAGGCCCUGGAGCUCUUCCCUAUGCUCAAGAAGGACAGGCUGGUGGGAGCUAUCGUUUACUAUGACGGACAGCACAACGACGCCCGGAUGAACCUGGCCAUCGCCCUCACCGCCACCAGGCACGGCGCCGCCGUCGCCAACUACACCGAGGUGGUGCGCCUGCUGAAGAAGAGCGACCCGGAGACGGGCGAGGAGAAGGUGUGCGGCGCGCGCUGCAGGGACGUCAUCACAGGGCAAGAAUUUGAUGUCAGAGCCAAAUGUGUCAUUAAUGCCACGGGUCCCUUCACGGACUCCCUGAGGAAGAUGGACGACCAGAAGAAUGAGAACAUCUGCCAGCCCAGUGCUGGGGUCCACAUAGUCAUCCCUGGAUACUACAGUCCUGACAACAUGGGUCUGCUGGACCCCGCCACCAGCGAUGGCCGUGUCAUCUUCUUCCUGCCCUGGGAGAAGAUGACCAUCGCCGGGACGACUGACUCGCCCACCAGUGUGACGGCUCAUCCCAUCCCCACGGAGGAGGACAUCAACUUCAUCCUGACGGAGGUCCGCAACUACCUCAGCCCGGAUGUGGAGGUGCGGAGAGGGGAUGUUUUGGCAGCGUGGAGUGGAAUACGACCCCUGGUCACGGACCCCAACUCCAAAGAUACGCAGUCCAUCUGCAGGAACCACAUCGUCAACGUGAGCGACAGCGGCCUGGUGACCAUCGCUGGGGGGAAGUGGACCACAUACCGCUCCAUGGCCGAGGAGACCCUGGACGCAGCAGUGAAAGCCCAUGGGCUCAAGGCCACGCCCAGUAAGACUGUGGGACUGCUGCUGGAGGGGGGCAAGGACUGGACCCCCACCAUGUACAUCCGACUGGUACAGGACUACGGCCUGGAAAAUGAGGUGGCCCAACACCUGGCCGCCACGUACGGGGGACGGGCGUUUGAUGUGGCCAAGAUGGCACACGUCACAGGGAAGAGGUGGCCCAUUGUGGGCAAGAGGCUGGUAUCGGAGUUCCCUUACAUUGAGAGCGAGGUGUUGUAUGCCAUGAAAGAGUACGCCUGCACGGCCAUCGACGUGAUCGCUCGGCGCACGCGACUGGGCUUUCUCAACGUCCAGGCGGCUGACGAGGCUCUUCCACGCAUCGUGGAGAUCAUGGGGAAGGAGCUGGACUGGAGCGAGCAGAAGAGGACGGAGGAGCUGGAGGCAGCGAAGAAGUUCCUCUAUCAUGAGAUGGGCUACAGGUCCCGGUCUGAACAGAUCACCAAAACAUCAGAGAUCACCUUGGACGCACAGGAAGUGGCCAGGUAUCAGAAACGCUUCCACAAAUUUGACAAAGAGUGUAAAGGUUUUAUCACCACCGUGGAUGUCCAAAGAGUCUUAAAGAAUAUCAACGUCCAGAUUGAUGAGAACGCACUCCACGAAAUACUCAACGAAGUGGACCUUAACAAAAAUGGACAGGUGGAAAUCGACGAGUUCUUACAGCUGAUGAGUGCUGUGAAGAAGGGUCAGGUGUCUGACAGCCGGUUGGCUCUCCUUCUGAAGAGUGCUGAGGAGAGUCUGGACCUGAGGGCCCCUGUGUCUGUGGACCGCAGCGGGGGAGGGGUCUGAGGGAAUAUACAUCUACACAACUUUCAUUGUUACCUUCAUUGAAAUGGAAUACAUGUAUUUGUUGUCAAGCGGACUGCUUAACACUCUGUGUUCAAGUUCAACUUGAUUGCACACAGAGUAAUCGUGCUUUCUGACACACCAUGAGAUGUUGUUUAACCUUGCAGUUGAUAAUUGGCGGGAAUAAGAAAUAUGGUAAUAGGAUGAUCUGAAUGAAGAUAUUUUAAUCAGGGAUGGACAAAUCAGAUGUGAAGACUAAUAUCUAUUCCUGUGCUUUGUGUGAUGGAAUCUAGUCCAACAAAUGGCAGUUGGCAGGGUAAUAUUAGAGGCAGGGUCGGUAAUUUUGUUGAGAUGCGCUUUUGGUCAUAUUUGCUGAAAUAAACUUCACAUCCUAAUAGCAACCAAUAAAUAUAAAGGUUUGGCAGUCAAAUGAAAUAAAUUAAAUAUCUCUGGGUGUCGCAAGACUGUAAUAAACAGAUAAUUUUGUUCGGACCGAACGUAAUGAUUGGACAGCAUUCGGACCGAAUGCAGUGAUUAGAUGGGCUACUUGUCUGUCUACCAAGCUACCUCCCGGCAGUAAUCAAACAGCACGUUCAAGUGUUUUGGGGGAGUGGCUUUGAAAAGAGGGGGUGGGCUAUUUUGGGUUGAAUCCUUUCGAACUUAAUCCAAAAUUGCUAGGUUCGCAAAAUGUACCUACCAUGCCUUUAAGGACCUUUUUGACAUUGCCUGCGUAUACAGAAUAUUUCUGACCAACUGAGUUUUUCAUGACACUUGAUUGCAUUCACAAUACAAUGAGUGCCUCUGACUCUGCACUUUGACACACAUACCUAUAUUCAAAAUUUCCCAGCACUCCACCUCUAGGCUGUAUUCUAAUGUUUAGCAAUUUUCCUUCUAGCUCUUUGCUUUGUCGAAUGAACAAAAAGAUAUAACUGAAAAAGCUAGAUUCCCAGCAUGCUGCUGAUUGUAUGUCCUUGUCUUGUACCUGAGGAUCCAAGAUUGCUGAUGCAGACUAAGAAAACCUGUAUUAAACCUACCUAAAAGAAAGAGAGAGAUAACAGUACUACCAUGUCUUAUAACAACUUUUUGCAUUGUUUACAUAGAGCAGAUCAUGUCUAAUUUAACCAGUUUUGCUCAAGCAAGAUCAUGGUUGUGAUUUAUACUGACACUCAACUUGACUCUGAAGUGUGUUACUGCAUCUUUUUCUAGUUAUGUUUCUGAUGGUUUGUAUUAUAGUACACUGGUGGCGGGAUGUUCCUUCGAAUCUACUGUCCUUACACUGGCCUGUUUUUGCACUCUCUGCCAAACUCCUAUGGUUUACAUAGCAAGGUUUCAAGCUUUAUCAGUACUCUUGUCAAAUCAUGUCAACAUGACUGCUUUUUUACUGCAGUUUAAUCACAUAACUAUAUAUUUAUAUGAGAUAUUUAUUAAUUUUCAUAUGUAUUCAUUAGAAUAAUCUUUGAAUAAUGUAGACAUUGAUUAAAUAUUAGGAAUGUGGCUAAUUGCAAGAUUGUAAUUGAGAAGUUGGUUCAAAAGGGGACCCAUGUUGGUCUAAAUUGGUUUUGUUGAUGUUAAUAUCCAACUCUGUUAUAACUUGUUCACUUUUAAGUUACUACUGUAUUUUUGGUUAUUUACGGUUAUCCAUAGUGAUUUUAUUAAAGUAUUGGAACUAUUUUCACUCUUUUUAAGUAUUGCUAUGUGGAAUUAUAAUGAUUAUAACUGAGAUAUUAUAGAGCAUUUCAACAUAAAGAACAUAUAAAUAUAUGAAGUGAAAUCAUUUUAAAUAAUGGGACGUUUUGUAUUGCCAGAAUAUUGUGUACUUGUAAACAUCAUAAUGUAAUUUUUAUGAUGCAAUCUUUUUGUAUGUCAAGUCAUAGGAUGGUGCUUCAACCAGAACGAUGUUGGUAAAGUAUGAAACAAACAUGACACGGUUUUUAAUUGUGUAACAUCACAGUAAAAUAUGUAAAUCAUGGGUAUAUUUUCAGCUGAUUUAAGCACAAUACCUUGACAGGAAGGUCUCUUUUACAUGUCAACUGCAGCUUGUUAGAAUACCUGACAGACAUCUUAACUUAAAUCCAUGUCCCUAUGUUUGAUUGUGUCUUUUUGGAUGAAAUUUCAGCUUCAUCCAAAAUGAAAGAGAUUCGUAUUCCAACACUGUAAAUCGAUCUUGAUAGCUUUUCAGAAAAAUGCAAUUAUCUAAUUAAAUGUAUCUGGUUGCUUGCA